CAAGAAGAGAACUCUGGAUAAAGCGAUUUAGAUUUUGCUUUUGUACCGCGAGCACAACCACAACGAAGCGAGCGAGUUUGAUCAAGUGCCGAAUAAUAAAUUAGAUUCUCUGCAAUAAAUAAUGAACGCCGUACAAAAUUUUGUCCCAUCAAACGUCGGAAUAAUGGAAUCAAUGUCUCCAGAUUGGCUCACUUCCGAAGCGAGUACGGGUACAUCGAUCAUGGCCUGCGAGUUCGAGGGUGGGGUAGUAAUCGGUGCUGAUUCUCGUGCUACCACAGGAGCAUAUGUGAGUAAUCGAACUGCGGAUAAGCUCACUAGAGUCACCGAUAACAUUUACUGCUGUCGUUCAGGAUCUGCUGCUGAUACCCAAGCAAUUUCAGAAAUAGUAACUUACCAUCUUGGUUUUCACCAAAUGGAGCUGGGCACUCAACCGCUUGUGGAAACAGCAGCCAAUGUUUUCCGUGAAAUGUGUUACAAUUAUCGGGACUCUUUGAUGGCGGGAAUCCUCGUUGCCGGAUGGGAUCAGCGCAAAGGUGGCCAGGUGUAUAGCAUUCCGCUUGGUGGCAUGUGCGUUCGUCAACCGAUUGCCAUUGGUGGUUCAGGUUCGAGCUACGUGUAUGGUUACGUUGAUGCAAAUUACAAACCAAAUAUGACGAGAGAACAGUGCGUCGAACUGGUAUCGAACACAUUGGCCCUAGCCAUGGCCCGGGAUGGUAGCAGUGGUGGCGUUAUUCGCAUUGGCGUCAUAACCGAAAAGGGUAUUGAACUAAAGGUCAUUUUGGGCAACGAGCUGCCCACGUUUUACGAGGGUUAAACAAAUAAAUAUUACAUUUGUAUACUUAAUCAAAUACCGAUAAAGAACACAUAAUAAUACAAUUCGAUUGAAUAAAUCAUCCCGACUUCUUUGUA